GAGUCUCAUUCUGUCACCCAGGCUGGAGUGCAGUGGCGCAAACUCGGCUCAAAGCAAACUCCGCAUGCGGGUUCAAGCAAUUCUCCUGCCUCAGCCUCCCGAAUAGCUGGAAUUACAGGUGACCGCCACCAUGCCUGGCUAAUUUUUGUAUUUUUAGUAGAGACGGGGUUUCACCAUAUUGGCCCGGCUGGUCUCGAACUCCUGACCUUGUGAUCCGCCCACCUCGGCCUCCCAAAGUGCUGAGAUUACAGACGUGAGCCGGGCCAGGAAAGAUAAUUUCUAAGUAGGAAAUGUUGUAGGUCCUGGGAGGACCUCAGUAGGUUGGGAGAAGUGCACAGUGGUGAGUUACAGGAUGGCAAUGAGGUCACAGAACUAUGAAGUCAAGGUCAACAAUAACGCAUACGAGAAAAACUGACAAGUGGCGCAACAAGGGGUAGCGGGUCUCCAGGACGUGGCAUUAGGACGUGCUUGUUGAGGGGCAGGUAUUUGGAAGCAGGCCCCACUUUCGAGUUGUCUUUCCGCAGGAACCAGAGAGUGCGGUCGGGAACAGGAAGCAGGAACUGUUAGGGAGAUAAGGAAGGUGCUACUGCCCACAUCCAUCCUCUACGGCCACAAGGUCAGGGGAGCCAGGCUGCCUCCUCACAGCAUCAGCGUUUUCUUCGGCUUCACUUCCCUCUGGAAAGCGCUUUCUCACCGACGCUGCAGAGACCUUAGGGGCAGCCCCUGCCCUCCUACCCUCCAAGGAGCCACCACUCUAGAGCCCACGCUCCUCUGGAUAUCAUGUGACUUGGGGGACUACUUGCCUUUCUUUUGAAACACGGCUACAGACUAUGAGUUAAAAACACUGGGCUUAGCGCCCCCUCAAUAACAACGCAGCUAUAGGACGGUACCCUCUCCCAGCCUGCCCGCCGCAGGAAGAGUUCCACUUCCUUCCCAGAAAACGAGGCCGGAAGGGGCGGGCUUUCAGCCUGGACCAGGCGCUUCCGCCACCAUGGCUGCACGUGGGGUUGUUGGUAUUUUUUUCCUCUCUGCUGUCCCCCUUGUGUGUCUGGAGCUCCGGCGUGGGAUCCCGGAUAUAGGAAUCAAGGAUUUUCUUUUGCUUUGUGGCCGGAUUUUCUUACUGCUUGCUCUUCUUACUUUAAUUAUUUCUGUGACUACCUCAUGGCUUAACUCAUUUAAAUCUUCCCAAGUUUAUCUGAAGGAAGAAGAAGAAAAGAAUGAGAAAAGACAAAAACUUGUGAGAAAAAAACAACAAGAGGCACAAGGAGAGAAGGCCAGCAGAUACAUAGAGAACGUUUUAAAACCUCACCGGGAAAUGAAAUUGAGAAAACUGGAGGAGCGCUUUUAUCAAAUGACGGGUGAAGCCUGGAAAUUAAGCAGUGGUCACAAACUUGGGGGUGAUGAAGGUACAAGUCAGUCAUCUUUUGAAACAUCAAAUAGAGAAGCAGCAAAGAGCCAGAACUUGCCUAAACCUUUAACUGAAUUUCCAUCUCCUGCUGUACAGCCCACAUGCAAGGAGAUUCCUGAUUUACCUGAAGAACCUUCUCAAACAGCAGAAGAAGUAGUUACUGUUGCUCUCCGAUGUCCCAGUGGGAAUGUCCUGAGGAGAAGGUUUUUGAAGUCCUGCAGCUCACAGGUCUUACUUGACUGGAUGAUGAGAAUUGGGUACCACACAUCUCUAUACAGCCUUUCUACUUCCUUUCCCAGACGGCCUCUGGCAGUGGAGGGGGGCCAGUCGCUGGAGGACGUAGGAAUAACUGUGGACACUGUGCUCAUCCUGGAAGAGAAGGAGCAGACCAACUAGGAAAGAAGUUUGAGACCAGCCUGGGUAACAUGGCGAAACCCAGUCUCUACAUGCUCCCUGUUCUGCUUGAAGUCAGCUAUGCCAUUACCUCCUGGCACAAUAAAGGCUUCACAUUAAAACCACACCAUACCUUGAUUGAGCUCAUGGCAGUAAACAUUGAACAUUGAUAUCCAUGGGAAUAGGAUUAGAAAAGGAUUGCUUUCUGCAUAUAAUAAUCUGUGGACUGUGCCAUUUUACAGCGUACCAAAUGAGAACGAGGUAAAAAUGUAUGCAGUAAGGCACUCUGUAAUUGCUGUUUUUUCCCAGCUGACAUGAUUUCUCAGUGUUAGAAAACAAACCCAUAGAACUUUGCUUUCUGCCUCUUCAAUCCAUCUUACCACACAGUAUUUCAUGAUUCAGUCAAAUUCUUCAAAGUCUUAUAAGCAGGAGUGUUUAUUCUGCUGUAUUUCUGUGAAAUUGAAAACUUGGAAGAAGCUUCAAAGCUCUUGGAGGCUUUAAAGUUCUUUCUGAUGGGUAUGCAUUACAGUUAACUGAUGUUUGCGAUUUAUAUAAUUUUGACUUGUAUUAAAUGUUAUAUUUACAAAGUUCCAAAUGAAUCAGUAUUUUUAAAAAUAAAACUAUGAAAGCAUUAAAAUAUAGGUGAAUUUUAAAAAAUGUAUCUGAUCAUUUCCCUCUCCUGCUUCUAAGGUUAUAAUGAUAAAGUCAUGCACUGUUCAGACUCCAAGUGUGGUUAUAAAAGGCUUUUAACUUUGUUCUA